AUGCACCUCCCGCUCCCUCUCCUCUUUCUCUCCCCGCUGCUCACCACAGCCUUACCCCACCAUGAGCCCCGCCAAGCGCCCACCCCACAGAACCUCACCACCAUCACGACGCCGGGGGGCAACACGGUGCGCUACAAAGACCUCACCGCAAGCGGAAUCUGCGAGACGACGCCCGGCGUGGGCAGCUACAGCGGGUACAUUGACGUGAACGGCGGGCGGGACCAUGUCUUUUUCCUGUUCUUUGAGAGCCGGCGGGACCCCGCCACAGACCCAUUGACGCUGUGGCUGAACGGCGGCCCCGGGUCCGACAGCCUGAUCGGCGCCUUCGAGGAGAUUGGGCCCUGCGAGGUCCUCGCCAACAUGACCACCUCCCUGCGCUCGCACCCUUGGAACGGCAUCUCGAAUCUGCUGUUUUUGUCGCAGCCGGUCGGGACGGGGUUUUCGUACAGCGAGAAGAAGACUGGGUACUUGGAUCCGACGUACUUGACUGUGGAGGAGGAGCCGACGCAGGAAGGGCAGAGCGAGGGGACGUGGGCGGUUGUCGAUGCGACGCUCACCGAUAAUAGCCCACUUGCCGCAAGGACGACGUGGGAGCUUGUCCAGGGCUUUUAUGGCGCGCUGCCGAGCUUGGACGCGCAGGUCGAGUCGAGCGACUUUCAUCUGUGGACCGAGUCCUUCGGCGGCCACUGGGGCCCCGCCUUCUUCACCUACUUCUACGAGCAGAACGAAAAGCUGUCCGCGCAGGGCUCGCCCGGCCGCAAACUCAACAUGAAAUCCCUCGGCAUCGUCAACGGCAUCGUCGACGAGCCCACCCAGACCGAGUACCUGCUGCGCUUCACAAAGGAAAACACGUACGGCCUGCAGCUCAUCAACGACACCAUCUACGCCGAAGGCGACUGGGCGCUGCGCCGGCCGGGCGGGUGCCAGGACAACCUGAACAGCUGCGCCGCGCUGACGAAGGAAGGGCUGGUGCGGCGGGCGCAGUGCUCGGGCGCGCAGUUCAUCUGCCAGAACGACGUCGAGAGCAUGUACUACACUUUCAAGACGGAGAACCGGGGGACAUACGACAUCCGCGCGCGCGACGGCGACGACGUCCCGCCCAGCUUCUGGCGCGACUGGCUGAACACGGCCCCCGUCGCCAGCGCCCUCGGCGUCGACCUCAACUACACGGGCAACAACCAGAUCUACAGCGCAUACAGCGUGUCGGGCGACUUUGCGGCGCCGUACCUGCCCGACCUGUCCAAGCUGCUGCAGUGGGACGUGCAGGUCUCGCUGGUCUACGGCGACGCCGACUACAUCUGCAACUGGCUGGGCGGCGAGGCGCUCUCGCUCGCGGCUGAUUGGUCUGGGAAGGAGGAUUUUGCCAAGGCGGGCUAUACGGAUCUGGUUGUUGAUGGGGAGGCGUACGGCGAGACGAGGCAGUUUGGGAAGUUGAGCUUUACGCGCGUGUGGGAGGCCGGGCAUGAGGUGCCGUUCUUCCAGCCCCUCGCCGCCUUCCAAAUCUUCAACCGCACGAGCAACGGCUGGGACAUUGCGACGGGCGAGAUCGCCGUUGAGCCCAACAGCUCGUACGCUACGAACGGGACGGCCAAGGCGACGCGCACGAGCAACUUACAGGGUUUAGUGUCUGAUGCCCGUCCUGCAAUACUCAGGUCCACUUAUCCGGGACACGUUUUCUGUAAAGCUACUGAGCAGCAUGAGGUCAAGGUUUUUGAGUUCUGGACCGUCGUCCCACUUGCCCAGCACAAAACAGCGAAACUGAAAAAGGGCAACCAAGGAAAGAUGCGUUCACGAUAUCUGAAAAGGAAAUGUAUGCCCUGGUGA